CGGGGUAGAGAAAUAUCGGACGUAACCGCCGUCUGUGAAUACUACUGAAGCUCGUUCAUCGUGUGUCCGCCGUCGUGCGUCUAUGCAGUUUUGUGUUAGCGCACAUCAACCCAACACUGAGGCGGAAAACACGGAGAAUAAGAAAGAAAUGUUGUACUAGCUGACUGUGUGCGGGUUAAGGCUUUAUCCAACGAUAAGAAACAGUGGGAGUGAAGUAAGCGAGUGAGGCACCAUGGCAGCUGCCUUUCCUUACAGAGGGGUCCCUGCAGCGAUGCCACCCGGUGUGCCACCAGGGGUACCAACUGCUGUGCCGCCUGGUGUGUCCCUUCCUGCACCUGUCCCAGACUACAUGUCUGAGGAGAAAUUACAAGAGAAGGCAAGAAAAUGGCAGCAGUUACAGGCAAAGCGCUACUCAGAAAAGAGAAAGUUUGGCUUUGUGGAUGCUCAGAAGGAAGAUAUGCCACCUGAACAUGUCCGCAAGAUCAUCAGGGACCAUGGAGACAUGACCAAUAGAAAGUUUCGCCAUGACAAGAGGGUCUACCUUGGUGCCCUCAAGUACAUGCCCCAUGCAGUGCUGAAGCUGUUGGAAAACAUGCCGAUGCCUUGGGAACAGAUUCGAGAUGUGCCCGUGCUUUAUCACAUCACUGGAGCCAUUUCAUUUGUCAAUGAAAUCCCUUGGGUCAUUGAGCCAGUCUACAUUUCACAGUGGGGCACCAUGUGGAUCAUGAUGCGUCGUGAGAAAAGAGAUCGUCGGCACUUCAAAAGAAUGCGCUUUCCACCCUUUGAUGAUGAGGAGCCGCCACUGGACUACGCUGACAAUAUUCUUGAUGUGGAACCCUUGGAGGCCAUUCAGAUGGAGCUUGAUCCAGAGGAAGAUGCUUCAGUUGUGGACUGGUUCUAUGAACAUCAGCCCCUCAAGGACACAGCCAAGUUUGUGAAUGGGACCACCUAUCGUCGUUGGCAGUUCACACUGCCCAUGAUGUCCACACUGUACCGUCUGGCCAAUCAGCUUCUGACAGAUCUGGUUGAUAGAAACUACUUUUACCUCUUUGACCUGAAGGCUUUCUUCACGUCCAAGGCUUUAAACAUGGCCAUCCCUGGAGGACCAAAGUUUGAGCCGUUGGUCAGAGACAUCAACCUCCAGGAUGAAGACUGGAACGAGUUCAACGACAUCAACAAAAUCAUCAUCCGACAGCCCAUCAGGACAGAGUACAAAAUCGCCUUCCCCUACCUGUACAACAAUUUGCCCCACCACGUCCACCUCACCUGGUACCACACACCAAAUGUGGUUUUUAUCAAAACAGAAGACCCCGAUCUUCCUGCAUUUUACUUUGACCCACUGAUCAACCCCAUUUCACACAGACAUUCUGUUAAGAGUCAGGAGCCUCUGCCAGAUGAUGAUGAGGAGUUUGAGCUUGCUGAGUUUGUGGAACCCUUCCUCAAAGAAACCCCACUCUACACAGACAACACAGCCAAUGGCAUUGCUCUCCUGUGGGCGCCGAGACCCUUCAACCUCAGAUCUGGCCGAACAAGACGUGCCAUCGAUAUCCCCCUGAUCAAGAACUGGUACCGCGAGCAUUGCCCUGCUGGACAGCCAGUGAAAGUACGUGUGUCAUACCAGAAACUGCUGAAGUACUACGUGCUCAAUGCUCUCAAACACAGACCACCCAAGGCCCAGAAGAAGAGAUACCUAUUCCGCUCCUUUAAGGCCACAAAGUUCUUCCAGUCCACAAAGCUGGAUUGGGUGGAGGUUGGCCUGCAGGUUUGCAGACAGGGCUACAACAUGCUCAAUCUGCUCAUCCAUCGUAAGAACCUCAACUACCUGCAUCUGGACUACAACUUCAACCUGAAGCCUGUCAAGACACUGACCACAAAGGAGAGAAAGAAGUCGCGAUUCGGCAAUGCCUUUCAUCUGUGCAGAGAGGUUCUCCGUCUAAGCAAGCUGGUGGUUGACAGCCACGUGCAGUACAGACUGGGAAAUGUUGAUGCCUUCCAGUUGGCUGACGGACUGCAGUACAUCUUCGCUCAUGUGGGUCAGCUCACAGGCAUGUACCGGUACAAGUACAAGCUGAUGAGACAAAUCCGGAUGUGCAAAGACCUGAAGCAUCUCAUCUACUACCGUUUCAAUACCGGUCCUGUGGGCAAGGGUCCAGGUUGUGGCUUCUGGGCCCCUGGUUGGAGGGUGUGGCUGUUCUUCAUGAGGGGCAUCACCCCCCUGUUGGAGCGGUGGCUCGGAAAUCUGCUGGCCAGACAGUUUGAAGGACGUCACUCGAAGGGUGUUGCAAAGACUGUGACCAAACAGCGUGUGGAGUCUCACUUUGACCUGGAGUUGCGUGCGGCUGUGAUGCAUGACAUCUUGGACAUGAUGCCUGAGGGGAUCAAACAGAACAAGGCCAGAACCAUCCUGCAGCACCUCAGCGAGUCCUGGAGGUGCUGGAAAGCAAACAUCCCAUGGAAGGUACCUGGAUUGCCUACUCCUAUUGAGAACAUGAUUCUGCGAUACGUGAAGGCCAAAGCUGACUGGUGGACCAACACAGCCCACUACAACCGUGAGCGAAUCCGUCGCGGAGCCACUGUGGAUAAGACGGUGUGCAAGAAAAACCUGGGCAGACUGACCCGUCUGUACCUGAAAGCUGAACAGGAGAGACAGCACAACUACCUGAAGGAUGGUCCCUACAUCACUGCAGAAGAGGCCGUGGCCAUUUACACCACCACUGUGCACUGGCUGGAGAGUCGGCGCUUCUCACCAAUCCCGUUCCCCCCACUGUCUUACAAACAUGACACCAAGCUGCUCAUCCUGGCGCUGGAGAGGCUCAAAGAAGCAUACAGCGUGAAGUCUCGUCUGAACCAGAGUCAGAGGGAGGAGCUCGGGCUCAUAGAGCAGGCCUACGACAACCCUCACGAGGCUCUUUCCAGGAUCAAGCGUCACCUGCUAACACAGAGAGCCUUCAAAGAGGUGGGUAUCGAGUUCAUGGACUUGUACAGCCACCUGGUGCCAGUGUAUGAUGUGGAGCCCCUGGAGAAGAUAACUGAUGCCUACCUGGACCAGUACCUGUGGUAUGAAGCAGACAAGAGACGCCUGUUCCCACCCUGGAUCAAACCUGCUGAUACAGAACCACCACCGCUGCUGGUCUACAAGUGGUGCCAAGGCAUCAACAACUUGCAGGACGUGUGGGAGACUGGAGAAGGAGAGUGCAACGUGAUGCUCGAGUCCCGCUAUGAGAAGAUGUACGAGAAGAUUGAUCUGACAUUGCUCAACAGGCUGCUGCGUCUUAUCGUUGACCACAACAUUGCUGAUUACAUGACAGCCAAGAACAACGUGGUCAUCAACUACAAGGACAUGAACCACACCAACUCUUACGGCAUCAUCAGGGGUCUCCAGUUUGCCUCGUUCAUCGUGCAGUACUACGGUCUGGUGAUGGACCUCCUGGUUCUCGGCCUGCACCGUGCCAGUGAGAUGGCUGGUCCCCCUCAGAUGCCCAACGACUUCCUCAGUUUUCAAGACACUGCCACGGAGAGCGCUCACCCAAUCCGACUGUACUGCCGCUACAUCGACCGCAUCCACAUCUUCUUCAGAUUCUCUGCUGAUGAGGCCAGGGACCUGAUUCAGAGGUAUCUGACAGAGCACCCGGACCCCAACAACGAGAACAUUGUGGGUUACAACAAUAAGAAGUGCUGGCCUCGUGAUGCCCGGAUGAGGCUGAUGAAGCAUGAUGUGAAUCUUGGGCGUGCAGUGUUCUGGGACAUCAAGAAUCGCCUGCCCAGGUCUGUGACCACAGUCCAGUGGGAGAACAGCUUUGUGUCCGUGUACAGCAAAGACAACCCCAACCUGCUCUUCAACAUGUGUGGGUUUGAGUGCCGCAUCCUUCCCAAGUGUCGCACCAGCUAUGAGGAGUUCACUCACAAGGAUGGUGUCUGGAACCUGCAGAAUGAGGUGACCAAAGAGAGGACAGCACAGUGUUUCCUGCGGGUGGAUGAUGAGUCAAUGCAGCGUUUUCACAACAGAGUGCGUCAGAUCCUGAUGGCCUCUGGAUCCACCACAUUCACCAAGAUUGUGAAUAAGUGGAACACAGCUCUGAUUGGUCUGAUGACCUACUUCCGUGAGGCUGUGGUAAAUACACAGGAGCUACUGGACCUGCUGGUGAAGUGUGAGAACAAGAUUCAGACACGUAUUAAGAUCGGUCUGAACUCCAAAAUGCCUAGCCGCUUCCCUCCCGUGGUCUUCUACACUCCCAAAGAGUUGGGCGGUCUCGGCAUGUUGUCCAUGGGCCACGUGCUUAUCCCGCAGUCAGACCUGAGGUAGGUCUCCUUGCAGAUCUGUGUGAACUUCUAGUCUGUAAAUUCA